AUUGGCCUUGGUAGAUUUUAUAUCUUGUAAAUUCCCUUUUGCAAGGUUUAUGCUUUAUAAACGAUUUGGAAGCCUUUUUUAAGCUCAAUUUUUGAAACGGCUAUCAAUCGGAACUGAAUCCGCUAACGCAUGCAUCAUCCUCUCAUCUCUUACUCUGGUCGCCGGCAAGAUCCCUUCCUUCCUCUCAAAUUCUAGUUGGAUACUUUUCUCUCGUUAUUUAGUAAAAAGCAUUAUUAAUCGUUGGAAAUUUGCGUAUGAACUUCAAAUCGUAGCUGAAUUUUGUAUCUGUGCUGGAUUGACUUAGUUAUUGUGCAAAAUUGUGUGUAAUGAAUGCAUAUUUUUUAAAUUUUUUUGGAGUAUUUAUAUGCUUAAUUGUAAAUAUGGAUUAGGUUUGUUUUGAUCAUAGAAUUGAUUUCACAGGGUUGUGUUUGAAGUUUUGUUAUUUUGCGGUUUGAUUAACUUUGAGUAGAAUAGUUUCUAAUGGAAUUUCACAAAAUUGAAUGUAAUUUAUAUUAUAUUAUAUUAUAGAUCAAGCGGCAGCAGGUAGAAUGGAUGUUAAUUGAGUUUCUGCGUUGAUCCCACCAGAAGUGCUCUAAUGAAAACAGUUUGUUUAUUUAGAUAAGAUUGUUUGAAAGUGCUCUAAUGAAAACAGUUUGUUUAUUUAGAUAAGAACUAACUUCGUGUGAAGUGAGCAAAAAAAAUAACAGAUACUUAAUUUGCGUCCUUCCUCUCCCUCUUCCUUUUUGGGUCACCUGCAUUUGAUCAUGUCUUAAUAGUUAUCUUAGAUUCCAGCAGCUCCACCCACUCCCAUUGCAAAUCGAGAUGGUGUCUAUGUUAAAAUCUUGAAAUUUAUUAAAGCCUCAAUCAUAUGUGGUAAGUUUUGAAUAAGGCACAUCGCUAAGGGUAAUUUCUCUAAUCUUUUCAGUAAAAUUUCGGGUAACUUAAUUUGUGAUUUUAUGAUUGUCUAGUAAUAAAUGUAGUAUAAAACAAUGCCUGCACCCCACCCUCUCGAAACACGGUUUCCAAUUCUACGGUUUCAAUGGCACAGCUGCCGGAAGAAAUGAUUGAACAAAUACUGAUAAGAUCAGAGGUGAGCGAUCUGAUCCGUUACAGGAGUGUUUCAAAGUCAUGGAAAUAUGUGUUCUCUGAUCCUGAUUUCAUCAAAGCCCAUUUCGAAAACAGUUAUCGCCGUGAUCGUGAAUAUGACAAAAUGGGAAACAGAAGAAUUGAUAUGUCUGCUACACCACAGUGUAAUUGGGAGCAUUUAUUUGAUGCUGAUAACCUCUAUUUUGUCCGUCGCACGCGUCAUCUACUUGGUUCUUCCAAUGGUUUAAUAUGUGUUUCUCCCUCUCGUACUGAAUUUUCAGUUAUCAAUCCUGAAACUAGAGAGGUGAAUAAACUGAAAAAGCCCGAAAUCCUUGAUCAGGCCGGACCUUUGAUUUAUGGUUUUGGUUACGAUUCAUCCAAUGAUGAUUACAAGGUGGUAUUAGGGUUUAGAAAAGGCAAUAAUCUUACCUGUUUCCUAAAGUUUAGUUUAGAGUCCAACAUCUGGGAAGUUAUAGGAGAAGUCAACUACACUUUUAUCACUAGGGUUGGUGUCCUUUACAAUGGGACACUUCAUUGGGUUGUUUCUCAUGGUACAGCUAAUAAUAAGAAACAUGUAAUUCUUUCCUUUGAUUUGUCUGAUGAUAAAUUUGAGGAAAUCCCACAAACUUGUCAACUGGCAACGUUUUUGGGGACUAUGUGUGUAUUUCAUGGUCAAAUGUUUCCCCUCAAAGUGCGGGUGACGAAUGAGUACAAUGUGAAGCAGUCAUGGGAGCUUGUGGGGCCUAACCGCACGAUUAACACUAAAGUUGUGCAGCAAUUGAAAGAUUUAAAGUAUUACAUACCAAGCCUUGUAUCUCCUCAUGUACUCAAGAAACAGGACAAAAGGCAGCAGGAAAUAAGCAUCACCGAGAGUCACAAGGUGGGUUCUAAUUAUGUUUUCUUUUUUGGUUUUCAUUUAUCGUGUCCUAUUGCAUUAAUUAUGCUGGAUUACUAUAAUUUUAUAUAA